AUGAGUAAGAAAUUAUUCGAGGAAUCAAAGUUGAAAGAAGGAACGAAUGAAGCGAUUCGUCAGUACAAAUUGCACGUUGCGCAAUCGAACGGUGCUGCAUUAUUGGCUGUUUGCAGGGGAAAGAUAAGCGAAGGCCUUGAUUUAUCGGACAGUGAGAGUCGUGCUGUAGUAAUGAUUGGAUUGCCUUUCGCACCAACUCGUGAUCCUCGCAUCAAGCUCAAGAAGGAAUUCAAAGCCGCAAUAUCGUCCAACAAUUGGUCAGUAAUGGAUGCAAUGCGAGCGGUAAAUCAGGCUGUGGGACGUGUUUUGAGGCAUAAAGAUGAUUUUGGUGUAGUGGCUCUAAUUGAUAAGAGGCAGUCACGUUUAGCGGUGCCAUCAACAUAUGAAAUUGCCUACGAAACAACAUUAAUAGUGAACAAAUUGUUAACGUUCGGAGAAUAUGAAAAAGAAUGCCCAACUUGGAUGCGUUCUUCAUUUGAAAAUUACAAGACAUUCGCUGAUUUCGAAGUGAAAUGCAAAAAGUUCUUCGCAGAUCAUGGAUACAGGAAUAGCCAAAAAGAGAUGUUAAAAGAAUCAGCACAUGGAAUGGUCAAUAUCAGAAAAAGGAAAGUUGAUGAGUGUAAUUCAAAUACAAAUUCUAAGACCAUCAAGAAGGAUUCUUCAGUGGCUGGUAUAUAUGCGUCAUACUAUCGCUCAUAUAACCAACCGCCUCCUCAACAACCGGUCACUGAGACACCCACUCAAAAAUCAACUAGUAUUCUCGAUAAUAUUGUCGAGAAGGACGAAUGGCAAAGGAAUGCAGUGAUAGAACCAUCGCGGACAUCUGCCUCAUCCACUGCUCUUUCAUCUGCUCAUUCGAUUGCUUCAUAUACGUUUCAACAAGUACCUAGUGGAACGUCAAGGAAGACAGUUAAACUCAAGCCGAAUUCAUCGAGACCUCCAAAGAAUGUUGUUGCUGAAGCAUCGACAUCAGGUCAGUCUUCCAAAUCAAGUCAUGGCGUUUCUAUACCACCUCAAUAUCAACACACUCCGGCAGCAAAAAUUGCUAUUUUGUUGAGUGGUAUACCGAAUGAAAGCGUGCGUUUAAAAGCAGUUGUGGAUAUUAAGGUGUACUUCAAAAAGAAUGAUGCUAAAGUUUUCAUUUCGCAGUUGUCAUCCACAUUAUGCGAAUAUCCCGAUUUGCUUUCAGGUUAG